AUGUAUAUAAUUAAUUGUUGUCAUUAUUUUGCAGCAUCUCUGACAUCGGAAGUAUUAAAAAAACUGAACAUAUCUAUUGAAAACUUACCACAGAAGUGUCAAAAUUUGUUACAACAAACAGCCGAAAGUCAAUCGUCAUUAGAAAUUGAACAGCUGGAUGCUACAUCUAUAUGUUUAUACCGUUCUAAAGAAAUAUCUGCUAAACUAGAAGAUGACUAUGAAAUACUGAAAUUAAAGCAAAAGAAUGCCGAAUUACAAGCAAAAAUUGAUAGAAAUAACAAAUUUCUAGGAGGAUUGCGGAACGAAUUGGAGAGUUCUAAAAGAUCUUUGAUGAACCAAACUCCAAAUCCUGAAAACAUACAGGACCAUAUUAGGCAGAUAAAGCAAAAGCUUAUAUCUUAUGAGGAAAGCUAUGAAAAAGCUAAGAGCAAAUAUACAGUACUGACGGUGCCGGAGCCGCUGCAGCCGGCGCGGCUGGGCGCGCGCGCGGCGUCGCUGGCGGGGCUGCGGGCGCGCGCCGCGCGGCUUCGGCAGCGCGCGGAUGACGUCACGCUCGUGCGGGAGGCGCGCGACGUUUGCCGGCAUUUGAGGAGA